AUGAACAGGGUGUUUAAGGACUUCCUAGACUCGUUCGUUAAUGACAUCUUGAUCUACUCCAAGGCUGAGGCGGAGCAUGAGGAGCAUUUGCACCAAGUUUUGGAGACUCUUCGAGUCAAUAGAUUGUAUGCCAAGUUCUCUAAGUGCGAGUUCUUGUUGAAGAAGGUAUCUUUCCUCGGACAUGUGGUGUCCAGUGAGGGAGUUUCUGUGGAUCCAGCAAAGAUCGAGGCGGUUACCAAUUGGCCUCGACCGUCUACAGUUAGCGAGAUUCGUAGUUUCCUGGGCUUGGCUGCCAGGACUGAGAAAUUCGUUAGAGGUCUCAGACUAGACCUUCAGGGCAUCGUCCGAGCCCUCCGACCAGCCACUCAUGCUGAUGCACUACGCAUAGCACUAGAUUUGAGCCUGCAGGUGAGAGCUGAUUCGUCUAAGGCUGCUGGCAGAGGGUCAUCCUUGGGAUAG